AAUAAGCGCCUGGUUUCGAUCCAAAACUGAACAAACACGAAGACAGAGUUAAAUAAACGCCGCGCAGCAGAGUCUCUGACUCGGACGGGCUCAGAGUGAGUCAGAGGCAGAACCGAGCCGCAGUUCCGGCUCAUACGGGUCUGUUCGGGUGGCUGGUAGCCCGUGUAGCAGCAGACAGACCGACCCACACCGAGCUGUGUAAACAUAGAGAGAAGCGCUGAGAGGAGGAUUCACUCCUGAUGGGGUUAAAACCCUGACUGACCGGUUCAUUCGCCUCCUGCGCUGCGGAGGAGGAGGCGGAGGGAUAUAACUGCACUAUAACUCCGCGCCGCGUCACUGUGAGGCUGACUGCGUUCACGAGGAGCGGAAGGAAAAGUAGUUCCUGUGCAGUUACAGCAGUAAUUUAAGAGUUUUUACCUUUCCAGUACCUACAUUCACUUUCUGAGCUUAAUCAUUAAAAUAGCCGUUUACAUAAAGCACAGUAUCAGUAGUUUUAUUAAAUGUGGGGUUUGUGCUGUGAGGGAUCCGCCCAGCUGUACUUCCCUCUGUUCUUCACUUCCUGAAGGGAAACCGAAAGUAACUCUGCAGCGUGACGCACUUUCAGAGAGAGACAAAGAGCAGAGAUAAACGGUCUUCAGUCUCCUACAGGGUGAGUGACCUACAGUCAGCACUGACUCUCAGCACUAGCGCUGAUUUAAAGCAGGAAUCCUGAUGUAGGUCAGUCAUGCAGUACUACAGUUCUGCUCUCUGUGUCCUGAUCUUACUGGUCACACUCGCUGAUGUGUCUGAAUCAGCUCCUUCUACAGUGAAGGUGAAGCUUAAUGAGCCUGCGACUCUGCCCUGCUCUAAGAGAUGCUCUGGUUUGGUCAGAUGGACGGAGUUCAGUAAACCCACUGAUGUUCUGGCUGAGUGUGAUCAGACUUCAUGCAGAUCAGUGAAGGAGGGAUAUCAGAUGAUCCGUGAUCAGUACCUGAAGGGAGAUCUCUCUCUCAUCAUCACUGAUGCUGAUUCCACUAAGAGAGGCUGGUACACGUGUGACUGUGGUGGUAAAGAUCUCUGUGAUGUGCACCUUCAUGUUAAGGUGUCUGAAUCAGCUGUUUCUACAGUGAAGGUGAAGCUUAAUGAGACGGCUGCUCUGCCCUGCUCUAAGAGGUGUUCUGGUGUGGUCAGAUGGAAGGGAUCAGUUAACUCCACUGAGUUUAAGGAUUCUUCAGCGAGAGCGAAGCGCGAUGCCUCUAAGACUCGUGUGGUCAGAUCGACUGAGUUCAGUAAAUCCACUGAUGUUCUGGCUGAGUGUGAUCAGACUGAAUGUAGAUCAGUGAAGAAGGGAUGUCAGAUGAUCCAUGAUCAGUACCUGAAGGGAGAUCUCUCUCUCAACAUCACUGACGCUGAUCUCAGUAAGAGUGGAGUCUACACGUGUGAGUGUGGUGCUUCAGAGAUCUGUGAUGUGCAGCUUCAGGUUGAAGGCACACCAGAGCCAGAGAAGCGGACUGAUAAAAAAGGAGACAAUGAAGGACCGUCCAGUGGUGGAGGACAGGGCGGGGUGUCUGCACUGGUAGUUGUGCUGGUGCUGGUGGCGGUGGUGGUGGCGGGGGUUGGAAGCUGGUAUUGGUUCAGAAAAAGGAGCCAGAAGAGUGGGCUGGGCAAGGAUGAAGAGAAGCCCAUGCGUUCGGAAAACGCCAGCCCUGAUCCUAAUUCUUAGGUUUAAGGCUGCAUCCUUUUCGAUUCCAAUCAGGAGUAAAACCAGGAGUAAUGUUCUGCAGUGUGUGCUCAGCAUCAGCUAACAGGUUUCUGACUGUGUGAUAUUGAUGAUAUUGAUGAUGUUUAUUGCAUCUGUAAAUGAUUAGUUUGUUCCACUGUAAAGAACAGAGACUGUCUGGUAGAUCUCAGUCUCUCUCACACAACACACACACAGUCAGUGUAGAAACAUCGUAAAGACCCCGACACACUGACACCCCGACUAGCAGCAGCUCAGCUGUGUCUGAUUUCAUCUUCAUCUGAUUUCAGAGCGUCUGUAGCAGCUAUAAGGCAGCAUGUUCACCCUUCAGCUCCUGAUAGAAGUGUGGAUGAGUUUCUCACAGAGCUCACAGCUCACUAACACACACACAGUGCUCAGUUCUUUCAGUGGAAUAAGAGCUUUUAUAUAGAAGUGGAUUUUAAAGUGUAUUGACUGUUACUGCUUUAAAGGAAACUCUGACUGAUAAGACUUAUAUGCCUUAUAACAGUGUAAUAACGUCCAACACUGUUAUGAUGUACAAACCAAAGACAAUGUUUUAUUUAUAAUAACAUGAAGAGAGAAAAUCUCUCUACUACUGGUUCACCAUUGAGGCCCUGUGAUGAAGUCGCACUGGUCAUCUGGAAAAUAAGAUAAUUAAAAGUUACUCUUCUGGGUAAUUAAGGUUCUAGAUAAAGCUGGAAAGGUUCAGUUAGAUCUUUAGCUGAUUCCUAUUAGAGGGAUUUUCUCUAUUUUAACAGUAAAUAAUGUUUCGUUAAGUACUGGACAUCUAUACCCCACACUGAGGCCUGAAUAUCAGUCAGGGUUUGAUUUAAAUUUUUACAUCACCUUUAUUGUUAUUACUUUUAUUAGUUACUACUUUCUGUACUUAUAUUACUUAUUUACUAUUAUUACUAUUAUUACUUAUUUACCUGUAUUACGUUUAUUACUAUAUUACUUUCUUUAUUGAUAAUAGAGCUGCAAACUAACACAAAGCUCAUCCAGAUUACAGCUUUUUACAGCAUGUUUGAUUGUUAACAUUAGUAAUAGAAGGAGAAGUAAAGGUUUUGCUAGUAGUAUUGUGUCUUCUAUUGUCUGCAAAUAAGAGUUAAAUCAACAGAUGUAAAAUAUUUCCGGUCUUAUUUUGAAUGUGCCAUCACAAACAUCACUCAGAAUACGUGAACUGGCCAAUGAGACAGUGGGCAGUACAGAUAUUAAUGGUGUGUGAAAUAUGUUUGAGAAGUAGCAGUUUUAGUUCAGUCUGGCUGAUGUUCUUCUCUUCAGGAACCCAGUUAGGAAACAGAAGAGCAGCUUCAUUGUCUCUUUUUUUGUAUAGUUCAUUGCAUUUGUCAUUGGUUUGUUUUGUAUUUUCUUUAUAGAUCAUAUUUGAAGCUUUAUUGUUAUGAAUAAAAGCAGAACUGUAGUUAUUAUUCCUAAAUUGCUGCAAGUGCCUGAAAUUAUAACAAUGCAAGUCUCCUGGGUAAAUAAAGGCUUUUUGAAAGCUUAAA